AUGUCAGACUUAUUGAGAGAUGCCCCAGUGGGCCAGGUCAUCCGAUGGAUUACCAAGAACAAGUAUCUUCAGUAUCCAGAAGAAAAAGCCGACUUCCAGAUCCCAGCCUCGUACGAAGACCAUCGAAAAACCAUCGGCUCAAAUGCCUCCAGUGUUCCUUCUCCAGACUCGGUGGAAAAGAGACUUGAAGAAGACCUCGAGACUGGCCAUAGUCCUCUAACUACUGCGCCAACAGCAGUUGACCGCGAAACCAUGGCUCCCUCCGAGAGAUCACUCUCCAAGAUCGUGAGCAGAGCUGAUAUGUCAAAAGUCAAUACACGCGCAUCCCUGGAACAAGCGUAUACCAAUGCCACCCAACAAGAAGCCCUCAAGGCCCAGGUCAGUCGACCAAUCGCCCCAACCGUCACCUCCGAUGGAACCAUCCUUGUUGAUUGGUACACAACCGACGACCCAGAAAACCCGCAGAAUUGGUCCAACAAGAAGAAAGGUUUGGUCGUCUUGCAGGUCUAUCUCUACACCCUAGCUGUCUACAUGGGUUCCGCCAUCUACACACCCUCAAUUCCGUACGUUGUUGAGCAGAUGGGUGUUUCCGAGACCGUCGCCAGCCUCGGAUUGUCCAUGUAUGUUCUGGGUUACGGUAUUGGCCCUUUAAUCUUCUCACCACUAUCGGAAAUUCCCAUCAUUGGAAGAAAUCCUCCCUAUAUGGUGACGCUUGGCAUCUUCGUUAUCUUGAGUAUUCCCACAGCUGUGGUCAACAGUUUCCCUGCUUUGGUCGUUCUCCGAUUCUUGCAGGGGUUCUUCGGCAGUCCUUGCCUUGCAACUGGUGGUGCUUCGAUUGGAGAUAUUUACUCUCUUCUCAAAAUGCCUUACUUCCUUACUGGAUGGGCUGCUUUUGCAACUGCAGGUCCUGCCCUCGGCCCCAUCAUCUCGGGAUUCUCUGUUCCAGCAGAAAAUUGGCACUGGUCACUCUGGGAGAUCGUCUGGCUCGCCGCUCCCGUCUACAUCUCACUCUUGUUCCUCCUACCAGAGACCUCGGCCUCCAACAUCCUUCUCCGUCGUGCGGCCCGCCUUCGAAAACUCACCAGCAAGAACAAUCUCAAAUCUCAAUCGGAAAUUGACCAGGAGAAUAUGACUGUUAACGAAAUUAUCGUGGACAAUCUCUGGCAUCCAGUUCAAAUCAACGCUCUUGACCCUGCUGUGCUCUUCACCAGUUUGUACACUGCUCUGAUGUACGCCAUCUUCUACUCGUUCUUCGAAGUCUUCCCCUUGGUCUACGCAAUCGGAAAUGGUCCCAAUUCACCCACUCAAGGCUAUGGCAUGAACGCAGGAGAAAUCGGAUUGAUCUUCCUCUCCAUCUCCGUUGGUGUCAGCAUCGCCAUCGCCAUCUACGUCUGGUAUCUACGCUACGUUUUUGAACCAGAGGUGAUGACCCAAGGACUUGGUGAACCAGAGCGACGCCUGAUUCCUGCACUUCCAGCAACCUUCUUGCUCCCAAUAGGACUGUUCCUCUUUGCCUGGACCGCCAAUUCAUCUCCCAAGAUUCACUGGAUCGUCCCAACCAUCGGUGUGGUCAUCUUCACCAUUGGCAUUUUCAUCCUCUUCCAGUGCAUCUUCAUCUACAUCCCACUCACAUACCCUCAAUACGCUGCUUCCCUGUUCGCAGGUAACGACUUUGUGAGAUCGUCCAUUGCAGCGGGCGCCAUUCAUUUCUCCCGGCCCUUGUUCCACAACCUGGGUGUCGGUAGUGGUGUCUCGCUUCUGGCUGGUUUGACUGUUGGUGGUAUCAUUGGCAUCUUCGCCUUGUGGAUGUUUGGUGGCAAGCUCCGUGCCAGAAGUAGAUUUGCUGCCAAGUAA